AUGGCGGCGGCGGCGGGGAAUCGCGCCUCGUCGUCGGGAUUCCCGGGCGCUGGGACGGCGAGCCCCGAGGCGGGCGGCGGCGGAGGGGCCCUCAAGGCGAGCAGCGCGCCCGCCGUAGCCGCGGGGUUGCUGCGAGAGACGGUCAGCGGGGGCCGCGAGCGGGCAGACUGGAGGCGGCGGCAGCUGCGCAAAGUGCGGAGUGUGGAGCUGGACCAGCUGCCCGAGCCGCCGCUCUUCCUCGCUGCCUCGCCGCAGUCCUCCUCCACUUCGCCGUCGCCGGAGCCUGUGGACGCGGGCGGGAGCAGUCUGCAGUCCGUGGUGGUGCCGCCGCCCCACGGAGCCGCGAGCCGCGCCGGCGGCGUCCAUCCUGCCGAGCCGGCGGCCGCGCAGGACAGCGGCGCCCCGAGCCCCGCGGGGGCUGAGCCCGGGGAGACGCGGGUGCCCGCUGCCGAGCCGCCUCCAGCAGCGGCCCCCGCCGGGCGUGAGAUGGACAAUAAAGAAACUCUGAAAGGGUUGCACAAGAUGGACGAUCGCCCAGAAGAGCGAAUGAUCAGGGAGAAACUAAAGGCAAUGUGUAUGCCGGCCUGGAAGCAUGAGUGGUUGGAAAGGAGAAACCGGAGAGGCCCUGUGGUGGUAAAGCCAAUCCCUAUUAAAGGAGAUGGCUCUGAAAUGAGUAACUUGGCAGCUGAGUCUCAAGGAGACGGCCAAGCAAGCACUGCUUGUUCAGCCCCAAAGGGCCGGCGCAGCCCAUCACCUGGUAGCUCCCCAUCAAGUCGCACAGUGAAGUCAGAAUCUCCAGGAGUAAGGAGAAAGAGAGUUUCCCCCGUGCCCUUUCAGAGUGGCAGAAUCACACCACCCCGGAGAGCCCCUUCACCAGAUGGCUUCUCACCAUACAGCCCUGAGGAAACGAACCGUCGUGUGAACAAAGUGAUGCGGGCACGGCUGUACUUACUGCAGCAAAUAGGACCCAACUCUUUCCUGAUUGGAGGCGACAGCCCAGACAAUAAAUACCGGGUGUUUAUAGGGCCACAGAACUGCAGCUGUGGCCGUGGAACAUUUUGUAUUCAUCUGUUAUUUGUUAUGCUUCGGGUGUUUCAACUAGAACCCUCAGACCCAAUGUUAUGGAGAAAAACUUUAAAGAAUUUUGAGGUUGAGAGUUUGUUCCAGAAAUACCACAGUAGGCGCAGCUCAAGAAUCAAAGCUCCAUCUCGUAGCACCAUCCAGAAGUUUGUUUCGCGCAUGUCAAACCCUCAUACAUUGUCAUCAUCUAGUACUUCUACAUCCAGUUCAGAAAACAGCAUAAAAGAUGAAGAGGAACAAAUGUGUCCUAUAUGCUUACUGGGCAUGCUUGAUGAAGAAAGUCUUACAGUGUGUGAAGAUGGCUGCAGGAACAAGCUGCACCACCACUGCAUGUCCAUCUGGGCAGAAGAAUGUAGAAGAAAUAGAGAACCUUUAAUAUGUCCUCUUUGUAGGUCUAAGUGGAGAUCCCAUGAUUUCUACAGCCAUGAGUUGUCAAGCCCUGUAGAUUCCCCGUCUUCCCUGCGAGCUACACAGCAGCAAACCACACAGCAGCAGCCUCUGGCUGGAUCACAGAGAAGGAAUCAGGAGAGCAGCUUUAACCUUACUCAUUAUGGAACUCAGCAGAUCCCUCCUGCAUAUAAAGAUUUAGCUGAGCCAUGGAUUCAAGUAUUUGGAAUGGAACUCGUUGGCUGCUUAUUUUCUAGAAACUGGAAUGUAAGAGAGAUGGCCCUCAGGCGUCUUUCCCAUGAUGUUAGUGGGGCCCUGCUGUUGGCAAAUGGGGAGAGCACUGGAAAUUCUGGGGGCAGUGGUGCAAGCAGCCCAAGUGCUGGAGCCACCAGUGGGUCCUCCCAGACCAGCAUCUCAGGAGACGUGGUGGAGGCGUGCUGCAGUGUCUUGUCCAUGGUCUGUGCUGACCCUGUCUACAAAGUGUACGUUGCUGCUUUAAAAACAUUGAGAGCCAUGCUGGUAUAUACUCCUUGCCACAGUUUAGCAGAAAGAAUCAAACUUCAGAGACUUCUCCGGCCAGUUGUAGACACCAUCCUAGUCAAGUGUGCAGAUGCCAAUAGCCGCACAAGUCAGCUGUCCAUAUCAACACUGUUGGAAUUGUGCAAAGGCCAAGCAGGAGAGUUGGCAGUUGGUAGAGAAAUUCUUAAAGCUGGAUCCAUUGGUAUUGGUGGUGUUGAUUAUGUCUUAAAUUGUAUUCUUGGAAAUCAAAUUGAGCCAAACAACUGGCAAGAACUCCUGGGUCGCCUUUGUCUAAUGGAUAGACUAUUGUUGGAAUUUCCUGCUGAAUUUUAUCCUCAUAUUGUCAGUACUGAUGUUUCACAAGCUGAGCCUGUUGAAAUCAGGUAUAAAAAGCUGCUGUCCCUCUUAACCUUUGCUUUGCAGUCCAUUGAUAAUUCCCACUCAAUGGUUGGUAAACUCUCUCGAAGGAUAUAUUUGAGUUCUGCGAGAAUGGUGACUGCAGUACCCCAUGUGUUUUCAAAACUGUUAGAAAUGCUGAGUGUUUCCAGUUCUACUCACUUUACUAGGAUGCGUCGUCGUCUGAUGGCUAUUGCCGAUGAAGUGGAAAUCGCUGAGGCCAUCCAGCUGGGCAUGGAAGAUACUUUGGAUGGUCAACAAGACAGUUUUUUGCAGGCAUCUGCCCAUAAUAGCUAUCCAGAAGCCACAGAGAACAGUUCCCUGGAGCACACAGUCCAUUUAGAAAAAACUGGAAAAGGAUUAUGUGCUACAAAAAUGAAUGACAGUUCAGAGGACAUUUCUGACAGACUGGCCAGCAUUUCAGUUGGACUUCCUACUUCAGCAACAACAGAGCAACCAAAGCCAAUGGUUCAAACAAAAGGCAGACCCCACAGUCAGUGUUUGAACUCUCUUUUGUCUCAUCAUUCCCAACAAACAUUUGCAGCCUUGUCAACCCCAUCUUCAUCUGCUCCAUCUGUACCAGCUGGCUCUGUAACAGAUGUCUCCAAGCAUAGACCUCAGGGGUUCAUUCCCUGCAAAAUAUCUUCUGCUUCUCCUCAAACCCAGCGCAAGUUUUCUCUACAAUUCCAGAGAAACUGUUCUGAAAACAAAGACUCAGAUAAACUUUCCCCUAUCUUCACUCAGUCAAGACCCUUGCCCUCCAGCAACAUACAUAGGCCAAAGCCAUCUCGACCUACCCCAGGUAAUACAAGUAAACAGGGAGAUGCCUUAAAAAAUAGCAUGACACUUGAUCUGAACAGUACUUCCAAAUGUGAUGGCAGCUUUGGCAGUAGCAGCAGCAAUAGUAAUGCAGUUAUACCCAGUGACGAGACAGUGUUCACCCCAGUAGAGGAAAAAUGCAGAUUAGAUGUCAAUACAGAGCUCAACUCCAGUAUCGAGGACCUUCUUGAAGCAUCUAUGCCUUCAAGUGACACAACAGUCACUUUUAAGUCAGAAGUUGCUGUUCUCUCUCCUGAGAAGGCUGAAAAUGAUGAAACCUACAAAGAUGAUGUGAAUCAUAAUCAGAAGUGCAAAGAAAAGAUGGAAGCUGAAGAAGAAGAAGCUUUAGCAAUUGCCAUGGCAAUGUCAGCAUCUCAAGAUGCCCUCCCCAUAGUUCCUCAAUUACAGGUUGAAAAUGGAGAAGAUAUCAUUAUUAUCCAACAAGAUACACCAGAGACUCUACCAGGACAUACCAAAGCAAAACAACCUUAUAGAGAAGACACUGAAUGGCUGAAAGGCCAACAGAUAGGCCUGGGGGCAUUUUCUUCUUGUUAUCAAGCACAGGAUGUGGGAACCGGAACGUUAAUGGCUGUUAAACAGGUGACAUAUGUCAGAAACACAUCUUCUGAGCAAGAAGAGGUAGUGGAGGCAUUAAGAGAAGAGAUAAGAAUGAUGAGCCAUCUAAACCAUCCAAACAUCAUUAGGAUGUUGGGAGCCACAUGUGAGAAGAGUAAUUACAAUCUCUUCAUUGAAUGGAUGGCAGGAGGAUCUGUGGCUCAUCUGCUGAGUAAAUAUGGAGCCUUCAAGGAAUCAGUAGUUAUUAACUACACUGAACAGUUACUACGUGGCCUUUCGUAUCUUCAUGAAAACCAGAUCAUUCACAGAGAUGUCAAAGGUGCCAAUUUGCUAAUUGACAGCACAGGUCAGAGGCUGAGAAUUGCAGAUUUUGGAGCUGCAGCCAGGUUGGCGUCAAAAGGAACUGGUGCAGGAGAGUUUCAGGGACAGUUAUUGGGAACAAUUGCGUUUAUGGCACCAGAGGUACUAAGAGGUCAGCAGUAUGGUAGGAGCUGUGAUGUAUGGAGUGUUGGCUGUGCUAUUAUAGAAAUGGCUUGUGCAAAACCACCUUGGAAUGCAGAAAAACACUCCAACCAUCUUGCUUUGAUAUUUAAGAUUGCUAGUGCAACUACUGCUCCAUCGAUCCCUUCACAUCUGUCUCCUGGUUUACGUGAUGUGGCUCUUCGUUGUUUAGAACUUCAACCUCAGGACAGACCUCCAUCAAGAGAGCUACUGAAGCAUCCAGUCUUCCGUACUACAUGGUAGCCAAUUAUAAAAUAAACUAUAAUAGAGACUGGAUGCUCAACAAGGAAAAAAAAACUUGUGGGGAACCACAUUGAUAAUCUGCUGGCCAUCAUGCCACUGAACAGCUAUGAUAAGGCCAGUGGGGAACCCUUACCUAAGUAUGUGAUUGACAAAUCAUGAUCUGUACCUAAGCUCAAUAUGCAAAAGUCUACAACUUGUGCAGAAAAUGUAAACUGUGCCUUUCAAAGAACUGGCCCUAGGUAAACAGGAAAGCAAUGAAGUUUGCAUGACUAAAUAACAGAAGCAUAAUAUUUUUGGAGCACUUUUUCAGCAAUAUUAGCAGCUGAGGGGCUCAGGAUCUGUUUUAAUGUUUCAAUUAUUCUAUUUUUUUUCGUGAUCACAAGCAGGGGGUUCUGUAAUUCCGUUCAGUUUUUUGGUCACUGGCUAUAAAAAUCAGUAUCUGCCUCUUUUAGGUCAAAGUAUGCUAUGAGUAGCAGUAAAUACAUAUAUUUUUUAAAGGUGAUGACUUCAUGAUCCACCGUUGACCUUUAUUUUUUUAAUGCCUGGCAGUUGUGAUUCAUUGUGCAUUUUACUGUUGGCCCAUUCAUUUCGUUUCUGGAAAUUAUGGUUCUGUAUUUUCAUUUCACCUCCACUUUUGUUUAAUAUUCAGGGAAAGGUGGUCUUUUCAAACUAGAAAAAAAUAGAAGUAGGUGUGAACUAGACUUUAUUAAAUAUCUUGCUACUGCAAGAGUUUUUAAAUACAGAUUUCAUUUUUUAAAAGUUGGAAUAUAAUAAAGUACUGCCUACAUUGAAUGAGUCACUGCUCUUGCUGGGCAGAUUAAAUAUGAAUUAGCAAAAUCAACUGUCUUUUGUGAUACAGCUCACAACCAAGUGGAAGAUUACCUUGAAACUUAUUUGAAUUUUGUUAAUAUGUCAGUUUCUUUGCUAAACUGUAGGAAACUUCACACCAUUUAAGUCUUACUGUAUAUGUAACAGCCCAUCACUCACCAUUACCAUUGAGUAUAACAAGUAACUAUUUUCCUUCUACCAUGCAUCAUCUUUUUUUACACUAUACCUGCCUGAUAGAUAAUUAAAGAAAAGUUAAUAUAUUCAAGUACCAAUCAGUAAUGUUUUUAACAAUAAAUUUGCUUUGAACUUAGAAAAUAUGUUCAGAAAAAAAAUGAAAUUGAGUUUCAUUUACAUAUCAGUUCUUUGGGUGUUGCACAAUUAUUUAAAUGGUUUUAGUCUGGAGAUGAAUUCAGAUGCAUGGAAUCCUGGAGGAAAAUUGUAGCUCUUUUAUCCUUUCUGUGUGUGUGAGUCUUUUAAAUCAAGUACUGAUUAUUAAAUAUAUCUUUGAGAUGUUAAGUUUUAACUCUUCAGACGCCAGUGUGAAAUAGAAUUGGCUAUUCUCAAAGACUCAGGAUAAACUAAAUAAGCUAUAUAGAGUACAUUUAAAAUGUACAACACAAUUUGGAAGUAAAAUAAGUUACAAGAGAAGUUUACAUGAUAUAUUGCAUAUAAUUUUUAAAAAGCAGUUUUUUAUGUGAUUGUGUUUCUUAGUGAAAUUUUACAUUCCUUUUUUUGGAAGAUUGGCAAUAUUCGAAGAGUUAAAAGUAGUACAGAAAUGUGAAGUUUGGUAGUUCUAAAUGUGUUGUAUUUGACUUUUUUUUUGACAAGUUAGAAUUUUCACAGUUCUAAUAAGAUUACUUCCAAGUCUCUCAUGUACAAGCUUUAAAGGACACACUCUUGCCAUUUUAUGUACUGGAAAAUCAUUGGUCAGAUUAACAUGGCGUCUGACAGAAAUCUAAACUGUAUAAACUGAGGAACCUCAGCUAAUCAGUAUUACUUUGUAGAUCACCAUGCCCACCACAUUUCAAACUCAAACUGUCUCUAGAUGUCAAAAUCCAUUGUGUUUGAGUUUGUUUGCAGUUCCCUCAGCUUGCUGGUAAUUGUGGUGUUUUGUUUUUUGUUUUGUUUUCAAUGCAAAUGUGAUGUAAUAUUCUUAUUUUCUUUGGAUCAAAGCUGGACUGAAAAUUGUAUUGUGUAAUUAUUUUUGUGUUCUUAAUGUUAUUUGGUACUCGAGUUGUAAAUAACGUCUACUGCUGUUUAUUCCAGUUUCUACUACCUCAGGUGUCCUAUAGAUUUUUCUUCUACCAAAGUUCACUUUCACAAUGAAAUUAUAUUUGCUGUGUGACUAUGAUUCCUAAGACUUCCAGGGCUUAAGGGCUAACUUCUAGUAGCACCUUACUGUGUAAGCAAAUGUUAAAAAAAGAAAAAAAAUCUCCGGGUUAAGAAAAUUUGGCUUAAAUGUAUCCUUUGUUAUUUUAAAUAUAUUGAGAUAUUUUAAUUAAAAUUUUUACCCCAUUGAACCAAUUUUAUAGUAUUUGUACCUAUUUUGGUGUUUUGUCUUUAUAGUAAAUAAAAGUUUUUGAACAAAUUUAA